CUCUCUCUCUCUCUCUCUCUCUCUCUCUCUCUCUCUCUCUCUCUCUCUCUCUCUCUCUCACACUCUCAUACUCACACAUAUCCACACACAGAUAUACCAAGGUGGAAUGAAAAGCAGAAAGAUGUGGAGCUGGUCGUGAUUUGGUGCCAGAUUUGGGUUGAUGUUGUUCAGUCUCAGUGUGCUACUGGUGAGCGUUGACCGUAAAAGGAUAGACUGUUAUUGAUGAUGAGCCUAAGAGGGUUUUGAGCAUUUUGGUUUUAAAAGUUAAAGCGGAACACCUAAAAAGGUCUCUUAUUUGAAGAGAAAAAGAAACGCAGUAUACAUUAACGAGAGGACUGAUGGCAAAUUUGAGCUUCCAUUUUCUAGACUUAGACAGGAGAUGUGCUGUCUCACAGGGGGCUUGUAUUUUCUCAUCCAGUGGUCUGAUCUGUUUUGCAGCAUUUGAUAAACCUUUCCACCCACUGCCAUUUCCCUUUUUUAAGAAUGUCAGUUCCUUCUUCUGUGACUUAACUAAUUGCGAGUUGUGAAUACCACUACUAUGAUUAAUUAUUAUUAUUAUUGCUACUGUUAUUCCUACUACUGUUACUACUGCAACUUACUUGUUACUACAACUAUAACUGCUGUCCAUUUUCAGGUACGUGUCUGUAAUACCAGACCCUUCCACAAGAUGUCAGUGUGCUGUGGAGCAUUUUCAUUACAGAUCGAAAAUAAUGUUUGUUGACUUGUGUAUCUACAUCUAAUAUUAGGAAUAAUAAAACAUGGUUUAAAGGAAAACAAGAACCGUGUUAACCGUGUUACUGGGUUUUGGUGGUAGAUUUCUCCAGUUAUGGAUGUGUAAAACAGUGUUUUAAGCAAUCACUAAAGCAUUUAUAAAGGUAUUGUAUUUGUUCCUGGAGUUUUAAGUCCUGACCUCAGUGGCGAGCCUUUCUAACCUUGGACAGAGGGUCUUUGGCGACACCCCUCAAAGGCCUGUAGACCUGCAGGGUGCCCAGGUGAGGAUGACAACUUUCAUCACGAGGCACUAGUACUUUUUGAUUGUGUGUGCAUUCUGUGCCAUAUACAGUGGGGUCCGAAAUAGAUUUUGUUUAACGAGUAAUAAUAAUUUUUCUCAGAAAGGUAGGGGUCAAAAUGAUUGACAACCCGGUUUUCAAUACCUCACCUUGCGAGGAUAACGACACUGAGCCUUUUUCUAAAAUGUUUUAUGAGUUUGAAAACCCCAUGGGAAGGAUCUUAGACAAUUUCUGCAUACAGAAUCCUUCCUGAUUGAGCACUGGUAAAAGCAAAGUUGUCCGUGUACUUUCAAGGUGCAGACUUGGGAAAAUACAGUCAUAUCCUCAAGCUUACAGCAUGCUGACGCAGAGAGCCGAGGGAGGAAAGGGAUUUUGGAUAUAUCCUGUCUCACGUUGGCUGGACUGGAACAAACGCACUUCUUGUUCUUUUUUUUUUUUUUACUUGGCUGCACAUGCCGUGCUCUGUGUACUCUUAAAGUGGCAUCUGAGGCACUCUCAGAUAAAUGUCAAUGCAUGUCAGAGGCCCAGGUUACCUUACAGGUCUUUCAUUAUUAAUCAAAUCAAAUGUGAUGUGUCACAUGCGCCGAAUACAACUGGUGUAGACUUUAUCUUGAAAUGCUUGCUUACGAGCCCUUCCCAACGAUGCAGAGUUGAAAAAUAAUAAAAAAAUAUAAUAGUAACCCGAGAAAUAAAGUAUAAUGGUGAGCGAGGGAGUAACAGUACCAGGUCAAUGUGCAGAGAAUGCUGGUGGGAGGAACUUUAGGAGGACAGGCUCAUUGUAAUGGCUGGAAUGGAAUAAAUGGAACAGUAUCAUACGCAUUAAACAUACAGUAUGGAAACCAUGUUUGACUCUGUUCCUUUGAUUCCAUUCCAGCCAUUACAAUGUGCCUGUCCUCCUAUAGCUCCUUCCACCAGCCUCCUCUGAUGUGCAGAUAUUUGUGGAGAAGACUGAGAAGAGCAGGAACUGAGUUUGUUUGAUCAUAGUAUUAGGGGUCUAUAUAAUAUUUGUGCCUGCUCAGUUGAUCGCUUAUUUAACUGUACCAGUAGGUGGACUUAUUAAGUGCGGUGGUCAUACAUUGGUCGAUUUCUAUUUGGAGUAAAUGAAGACCCCUCAUUCUCUGCUUCAUAAUUCUAAUGCAAAGAGGAGGCUCAGUGGCAUUUACAUGGUGUUCUAAGAGCUUGUAGGCAUGAAAUAAACUAAUCUUAACUGUCACUUUUCCAUCUUCAUUCUUUCUGUUAAAGAUGUGUCAAUGGCCAUAACGACCUCAAUUAAUCAAGUGUCUUGGAUACCUUGGCAACUAGCUACAAUAUAUUGAGGCAAUUUUAAAAAGCGCAGAGCCCCCCUUCUUCUAGGUCCCCACUUUAUUAACCUAACAAUGGCCUGUUACCCAGCGACCGUUAAAACUCCUAGAGAAAAGACAAGGAGGUCACAAUGCUGUGGAAGCAUUCAGCUCUCCCAAGCAAAUUGCCUUUGGCAUGGUAGCCUACUGAUCAGCCUAAUAUCAACAUUUAAAAACUUUGACAUGAUUAGAAAAGAGAACGGGAUACAUUUCGUAUAAUGGAGCUAAGAAAAUGGAGAAAGUUAAUUGGAGGUGAUUGACACCGUGGACACAGUGAGCGGACCUCACUAAGAAACCUCUCCAACACUCGUGCCAACCCCACUUCUUACUCACUGUGAAGCUUUGUUACAAGAGAGUGAUGUGGACUUUGUUUGGGACUAUGGAUCAGUAAAGCUGGCUGCAGAAGUAGCAGUCCUCCCUGAGCACCAGGCCUGACUGUUAAUAGCUCAGCUCAGCCAGCCAGCCUGGUUCCCUCUCCUUCUUCCUGUGUCUGAUUCAAAGAGGAGCUCUGCCCAGCCUCCUCUCCCCCCCACCACCCCUCACGUUGUUGCAGGAGCUGAGUCUCUGCUGCCCAGGGAGGGCUCCAGACAUGUCCACCAAGGCGCCCAUCUACCUGAAGCGGCGGAGCAGGAAGGGCAAGAAAGAAAAGCUGCGGGACAUCCUCUCCUCGGACAUGAUCAGUCCUCCGCUGGGGGACUUCCGCCACACCAUCCACAUCGGCAGCGGCGGGGGGGAGGACGACCUGUUUGGGGACCUGUCCUUCCUGGAGGGGAAGUUCCACCUGCUCCCUGGGCAGCAGGGCCACAGCCUAUCCCAGCGCUCCUCCAUGUACGCAGAACCCUUCCAGUUCAGCCGUACUGCCAGCGUCAGCGGACACACGGCCUCCUCAGAGAGCUCCCCCAUUCUGAAGAAUGCCCUCUCUUUGCCCGUCAUUGGAGCAGUGCAGGCCAUCACCCUGCCCGUCACCGCUGCACCCCCCACUGCCCUCCACCCGCCUCAGAACGCACCCCCCCCACCCAAACCUCCCCGACUGCACCUGGAUGACAAGAUCCUGAUGUCCCAUCACCCAGGCCUGGACUCCCUCUCGGCCCAGUCUCCCAGCAGGACGUCCCAGUUCUGCCCACCCUCCCCCAGGUUUUCAUCAGACGAGGAUGUGUGUAUCCAGGACCCCUAUCUGGAUGACAGGGUUCAGGAGCGCCCCUACCUGUCCCAUGCAGGCUCCCUGCUCUCCCUGCACCUGGACCUGGGCCCCUCCAUCCUGGACGACGUGCUGCAGAUCAUGGACAGCCAGCGCCUCAACGGCACCUGUCUGCAGGGAGGACGGCAGGAGCUCUACACCUGACCAUGGGAAGCCCUCCUCCCUCAGCCCUCUGUCCCUUUACUGUCCUUCUUAGUGUAACAGAGGAGGUUCUGACCUCAACCAGGCCUUGCUGGAUCACAAGGCUGGGUUUGUACAGUAGUUUGCUCAUAUUAAGUGCUUUUUUUCUGGAACUUAACAUCAGUUGCUGUUAGUGUUUAAUUGAUAUUGAAUAUCUUUCUACACUUUUCCAUAUUUGAAUUACUUAAUGUAGUAAGUGCGUUCUAAUGAGGUAACAUGAGCCAAAAGCUGACUGUUAAAUCUCCUCUGCCCUUCCUCCAAAGAGGACAUGAAGAGACUGGGGAAAGAAUACACUGCUGGUCAGGAACUGAGCUCAGCAUGUAUCUAUCUGUUUGGGCUCAUAUGUCAGUGGGAAGGGUAUCGUAAGGUUGCUGUUAGGUUCUUUUUUACUGCACCUGAGCUGUAGACUGCUGUACGUACUCCUAAAAUCACAGUUUUCUGCGUGUGUAAUACGGAUUUAUCCAGCUUAUGAAGCUAUUCUGGAACAGAAAUUCUAUUCAGACUCUACUUGGUUGGAGAUAUUGUUCUCAAAGACACACACUUACAGAAAGAUGAACUGUACAACAGGGAUGAUGUCAUCUCUGCAAGGACAGAGAGCCAGAGUGGGAGAGGAGGUCACCUCCCUGAGUCUCUGUCUCAUUUUUCAGCUUUUGUUAUUUUUUACUGCAAGAAUGUGAAAGCUGUAACUUUGUAUCAGGAGAGACACUGAGUGUUGGAGAGUGCAGUUCCAUAUCUGUCAUCUUUUCAGCAGAUCUACAGAGCAAAGCUCUCUGUUUUUACUGGCACUCAGCCUCUGGUCAUUGAGAUGUUGGACACGCUUGGAGUACUGUUACGUUUUCAUUCACAACCUGAGACUGCUCAUAAGGAGAUUAUCUCACCGCUGUAAGUCCUUGUGUUGCUCCAAGUAUCUCUGUACCAACACAGAGAAGUUCAGAAUCAGACUAUUACCAAUGUUAUUUGGAAUUCUAGUUACAAGAUACUUCAGUGUUUUGCAGUACAAUACAAUGUAGAGUUGCCGGAUCACCAAUUGCUGCAUUUUUAUUUUAUUUAACCUUUAUUUAACCAGGUAAGCCAGUUGAGAACAAGUUCUCAUUUACAACUGCGACCUGGCGCAUGGGUAAUAUAUUUUUCUAUUUCAAUAUUACAUCAAUAACAAUAUAGCAAUCAACUGGAUAAUGAUAACAGGUUAAUGAUUCUUCACAAACCCAAUAAGAAUUUCAUUAUUAUUUGCUUUAUUAUUCACUUUAACAUUGUACAAAUUAUUUUGGAUGUGAAAUGAUAGAUAAUAUAAUUAAAAAAUAAUUGGUUAUUUGAUAACUGUGGACCAAUGAUGUGCAGGUCUACCUGGCACAAAACGCUGGAUACCCGUUAACCCAUUAUACUGUACCCAGCAGGGAUUCUAUACAGUACAUGUCCUAUUGUAGGCUAACAUAGACUACAUUUAUACAGUAACGCUAAACAAUAUCAUUAUAGUCUUAUAUUCGAUUUGAUCUCAUAUUAGAUCAAAUGUCUUGAUACUUUCACACACUUAUACUAAAGCACUAUAAACUGCAUAAAGAAACGUAAACAUUUACAAUAAACCUGUUGGCAUGCAUUGUAACUGCAAAUAGCUACAUGAAUUACAGCUUUUAAACUGCUCUAUCAUUUUUGUUUACUUUUGGAAAUCAACUCAUCAAAUCUAUCAAAAUAUAAUGUUCUCACUCCAUAAAUAUCCACCGUCACAGGCAGCCAGUGGCACCUUCAUUGAGGAGGAUGGGUUCAUAGUAAUGGCUGGAACGGAAUAAAUGGAAUGGUAUCCAACACAUCAAAUA